GGCUACGGACGUGCGGGACACCAGGACGGUGAAUGAAUAUGUUGUAUUGAGAUGUUCGUGCCAGUCUCUGCUCCCUGCCGGAUAGCAGCAAGGCCGUAGAUUGAUUCAUGGUGAUGGUGGUAGUGGUGGUGUUGUUGGCGUUGCUACAGGGUAGACGCGCUCUUCUCAACGGCUCGACAAAUGAAAAAGUCAGCAACCCAAACAUUAGGUUUGGGAUUUGUGCUCCAUCAACUUGCUCAGCGAACGACCUGCAGUUCAUAACGCACAAAGUUGUGAGUUCGUACGGCAUCACGACGGAGGUAAACGGCUGUCGCACGGAUGACCCGAAACAGAUGACGAAGCUCCAAGCAGGCACAGUGGCGUUUUUGUGCAGUCUUGCAGCUAUCGUAGUCGUGGCUACGAUAGUCGAAUUGGCGCUCGAGAGAAGGACCCCGUCGCGCAAGAAGCACGAACCAGAGGCGCCUCUGAGGAUACUACUGAUGUUCUCAGCGAUCAACAAUAUGCGCGUGCUGCUCAGUACAACAACAGGUGGGAGGAAGGAAAACCCCCUGAACUUCGUCGGAGGAAUUAAAGUAUUCCUUAUGAUGUGGGUCGUUUACGGGCACUCUUACAUCAUCGGACAGAUGGAGUUCGCAGAUGACUUAUUUUCGCUUUUAGAAAUUUUUGCCAAAGCUUCCUCUCAGGCACUGCCAAACGCUGUUCUGAGCGUCUCCACCUUCUUUUUUCUAAGCGGGUUCGUGCUGCCAUUUAUGGUGCCAAAUCCAAAGACUUCAACAAGCAGAAGAAGCAUAGGAACAGUAUACCUGGUGGGAAUCAUAAAACGAUACUUGAGGGUCACGCUGCCUACAAUGGCUCUGAUCCUGUUCUUUUACCUGGUUCCUCUUGUGGUGGAUGGGCCUGCCGAUCAGGACAACUUAGCACUGCACGAGCGAAAUUGCAUACAGAGGCCCUGGGCCGUGCCAGCUCUCAUGAACAACUUUCUGCCACUUCACAUCAUGUGCCUCAACCACCUGUGGUACGUUUGUGCUGAUCUGCAAAUAUUCAUUGUGGUCGGGCUUCCAAUGGCCCUGAUGAUUCUGAGGUACCCCAAGACUUCCUCCAUGCUUUCAUGCGGCGUGGCGCUUUUCUGCUGUGGCUUGACGUCGUACCAGAUCUACAAAUGGGGAGUCACAUACUCCGUGACUGUAGGAACUGCUGACAUUAGCCUCAGCCUGUCCCACCUGGAGUACAUCUACGUGAGGCCGUUCUGCCACGUUGUCUCCUACGUGGUUGGCGUCUUUGCUGGAUACCUGUCUGUCUGCCAUGCGUCAGUGCCUCUUGGCCGGUGGUUCCAGGCUGCCCAGUGGAUGCUGUCCUUGGCUCUAAUCUUGUUCGUGAUGUUCGUGACGGUUCCGUGGAACGGAGGCAAGCUGCCCAGCGCCCCCGUGAACGCUAUCUACGGCGGGUUCCACCGGCUACUCUGGAGUGUGGGCUUGCUCUGGCCAUGCUACGCCUGCGCCACAAAACGCGGAGGAUGGUUCAACGGCUUCUUCUCGUGGACGGCGUUCCGGCCCCUGUCAAGGUUGACUUUCUGCAUCUACCUUACUCAUGUACCCGUGUUCUACAUUCGCACAGGAAACAUGAGGACCAAUUUUGAGCUGAGCGAGUUCUUUCAGCUCAGCACCUCUUUGGGAAUCUACUGCUUCAGCGUUGUGUUCGGCUUAGCUCUGCACUUGUGCGUGGAAGCACCCGUCUCGCACAUCCAGAAGUUCCUCUUCGAACGUGACUCUGAGAAGAGCAAGGCGUCUGCUGUUGCCAAGCCAUCGCCAGUCGAGAACGGGGAACAACGGUCAAAGCUAUAAGAAUCGCCUUGGUGUAUAAGGAAGGGAGUCGUUUUUUCUUCCUCUUUAAAA